CCACGAUUCCCACGUUGAGGCUGUCCCCACCCUUCCUGUGUCCCUUGAGUUGAGCAGGCGCUUCCUGUCCUGUUGUAAAUGAAAGCAGAGUUGGGGAUAGCUCCGCAUAUGUUUGCUCUGCAGAAUGCUGGCGCUGUCUGUUCCGUUAUCACAGCAAAACAGUGACGGGAAAAUCAGAAAGCAGAGCUUCGUUUCAGAGAGGGUUUGGGUUUAAGGUCUUUUGGAGCGUGUGUGAUGGCAGCCAGGAGCACUGAGGAGGGGCUCUGAGGCCCGGCAGUCUCCCUCCCUGUUCUGGGCAGAUGGGUGGACUUCUGUGGGUCAUUCCUAAGUUUUCUUUUCUUGCUACAACUGUUCCUUCGAGGGCAGACUGGAGCUCAGAGACGAUAUCCUAACUCUGCGAACUUCAUUCAGCGUGGUGAGAAAUUCCACACCUGCCGUAUGUGUCACUGUCUCAGCAGAUGGCACCGCCCAGUCCCAGGAACAGUACCCCUAAUAGUAGCAGUGGGAGUAGCGGCAGUGAGCAGCUGAGCAAAACCAAUCUGUACAUCCGAGGACUGCAGCCGGGCACCACCGACCAGGACCUUGUCAAGCUCUGUCAGCCAUAUGGCAAGAUUGUCUCCACCAAGGCCAUCCUGGACAAGACCACAAGCAAAUGCAAAGGCUAUGGUUUUGUGGACUUUGACAGUCCCUCAGCGGCACAGAAGGCUGUCACUGCACUGAAAGCCAGUGGUGUGCAGGCACAAAUGGCAAAGCAACAGGAGCAAGACCCUACAAAUCUAUAUAUCUCAAACCUCCCUCUGUCGAUGGAUGAGCAGGAACUGGAGGGAAUGCUGAAGCCAUUUGGUCAGGUGAUCUCCACCCGAAUCCUUCGAGACACUAGUGGGACCAGCAGGGGAGUUGGCUUUGCAAGGAUGGAGUCCACAGAGAUGUGUGAAGCCGUCAUCACCCACUUUAACGGGAAGUAUAUCAAGACGCCCCCUGGAGUGGCAGCACCAUCUGACCCCCUGCUCUGCAAAUUUGCUGAUGGCGGGCCAAAGAAACGCCAGAACCAAGGAAAAUUUGUGCAAAAUGGACGGGCCUGGCCAAGGAAUGGAGACAUGGGCGGUAUGGCCUUGACCUAUGACCCCACCACAGCUCUUCAGAAUGGGUUCUACCCAGCACCAUACAGCAUUGCCCAGAGCAGGAUGCUCGCUCAGUCAGCGCUCUCCCCAUAUCUCCCAUCUCCUGUGUCCUCCUAUCAGAGAGUGACCCAGACAUCUCCUCUACAAGUUCCUAACCCAUCCUGGAUGCAACACCAGUCGUACCUCAUGCAGCCUUCAGGCUCAGUUCUUACACCAGGGAUGGACCACCCUCUUUCUCUCCAGCAUGCCUCCAUGAUGGGACCUCUUACCCAGCAAUUGAGUCACCUGUCACUCAGCAGCCUGGGCACGUUCAUGCCAACAGCCGCUGCUAUGCAAGGAGCUUACAUCCCCCAGUACCCUCCUGUGCCUUCCUCCAAUGUUUCUGUCGAGGAGAGCAGUGGUCAGCAGAGUCAAGUUGCAGUGGAGACAUCCACAGACCAUGGAGUCUUUCCUUUCCAGUUCAGCAAGUAACGAGGCCUGGGCCUGAGAAAAGAAGACUGCCUUGGGCUAUUUUCCUGUUGAUGGAGCCUAGGGAACCAUGUCGCUCUUCACCGGCUGAGCUGCCUCCCAUCUUCACACAGAGGUUGGGGUAUGUUGGAAUUAUAGGAAGGCUUGUCAAAUGAUUUCUUUAAAAAGAAAAAAAGUGCUGGAAAAUCGAUGAAGGAGCCUGCUUGCAAAGUUUAGUUAUGGACUAUUUCUGAGGUGUCAUGUGUUUUAAAUAUGCGGACCUAAAAGUUCUUGUUUUGCAAAGCUCUCAGUUCACAGGGUCUCUGUGUAGCCCCGGCAGGCCGGCCUUGAACUCACAGGGAUCCAACCCACUCCGUCUCCUGAGUGCACCACUAUGCCUGGCUGCUGUUUUUUUCCUUAACUUGUCCAGAUCGUUCUUUUCCGUUCAGCUGAGCCUUGCCUGCUUUGCCUUUUUACAGUUUUUAAUCUUAUGAAUUUGCCUUAAAUUUCAUGUGGGACUGGGAAAAGGACAGUGGAGGUGGCUUUCCUCUGAAAAGAGACUGGAGUUUUGACUUUGGGAAGCAGACACGUGACAACCAAAUUUGGUGGCAAGUUCCAAAAGGAUGAUAACUACGACAGACAUAGGCCUGACUGGCGCCCAGCUUCAGCUUCAGGAAUGCCUGCUCUGCCUUCUGGAGGGUCUUCAUUCUAUCCCAGGUCUCACAGUUCCAUCCCUGCUGCUUGUGGCCUUGCUCAGUCCCUUUAAACAUCCUUCCCCCAUGUGCAAGUUCCGCCCCUAUGAGGUUGUUGCCGUGUCUAUCAUCUUUGACAGUAUUUCCCUGCCUUCUGGAGUGGCUAAAUCCCCAGCCCAGCCCUGGACAGAGCCUUGUAAUGUUCAUCAGGAGUGCCAGCUGCACAUGGGUGUACUCAACAGUCUUUAAAGCUUAGAAAUUCAGCAGGAGCUGUCUCAGCAGGGCUCGCUCACAUGUGUAAGCCAAAUGCAGUCUGAAGGACUGAAGGUGAGAACUGUUCACUGUGCUGGCCGUGCCUGACAAAGGACCAAGCUCUUUGUGCAGUACCCUGCCCAGCCCUGGAGUGUUUGAACCCCUUCCCCAAGGAACCAGAACACCAGAAAUCACUUUCCUUCUUGUGGAGGGACAACAGGGUGCUAGGGUAGGAGGAGGCAAUAAUGCAUCAGCUUCUUACCGCAGGAGAGACCUUGAAAUGUGCGUCUUUUAACUGUCAAAUCCAGGUUCACCUCCACUAGACAAUCAAAGUAAUGGAGAGUGGGAAGUUUGUUCAGAGGCUUGUGUAGGGAAGGAAGGGUUGACCGUGGUGGUGGAAAGACACUGGCUUACUGACGCAGCAGCUGUACAUACUGCAGAACUGGGAAUCCUGGUCUGAUUGUACUUCAGUGCAUUCUGGGAAUAAAGGGCUCAUGGCAGUGGUGAGCAUAGUAUGGGCUAGAGAUGGCUUAGAGGUUGGGAGCACUGGGUACACUUCCAUAGGUCACGUGUGAUUUGGUGCCCUCUUCUGGCCUGCAGGCAUACAUGCACUGCAUACAUAAUAAGUAAAAAGAAUAAAAUUACCAGAUUUUUUCCACUGGUGCUUCCAACCUCGGGAAGGUCAGCUAUAUCCAGUUAAAGCCCUCAGUGACAGAACACUAAGAAGGUAGCUUUCUUGUUAGUGGUCUUUAAGGAAAACCAAACCAAACCAAGCCCAGAACUCUACUGAGUGGACUGUUUGGAAGCUCUGCUGAUAGCCAGGGCCAGUAGGGUCCUGUUGUCACCACUGCCUUGUCACUACCUCUUAAAACUUGUUUCUUUUUCUGUAGCUCUAAAAGCAACUUCAACGGCUUAUGGUUUUAAAAUUUUAAGUUACCUUCUGAGGUUUUCCUCUGUGAGUACUGUUUAACUUCCAGUGUUUCUGGUUGAGCAGGUGUGAGCAUGGGAAAUGAGGGUAACCUAUAAUUUUUUUUUUAAUAGUGGUUAAUGGCACUGUGUAAUUCUGCUUAGUGAUUGCCACCCUCUCUUGUUGGCUUAUUACUCAGUAGUGACUGGGGACAGGAAAGAAGGAUGUGGGCUGUAGAGGGAUGGUCCGCAGGACACAGCUCCACAGGAAGCACCCCACCACACUACCCAAGGCUCAACACCAUGCCCAGUGCUUCCUGAAUCCUGCUGGCAUGGAGGUCAGACCUUUCUCUUUACAUCUCACCCCCAAAUUGUUUCCAGUUAGAACAUACUCGAGUCCUAGGAUGGUGUCAUCCUUUACCAGGCUCCAGGCCUACCCAACCCACCUCAGGGUAACCAGCAUCCCUCCCAGGCUUGGGGGCCAGGCUGUAGAUGGACAAUGAUGAGGAGAGAUUCUUGAGUGUUUUUAAGCCAAGGAUUUGAAGAACUGCCCAGCCUGUGAAGUUAGGUGCCUCUGAAGAGGGAACAACUCUUGUCAGUAAUAAAGAUGGACAGUUUGUUGUUCCUGCUGUCCUUCCCUCCCAGACAUGCUCCCACUUUCUGGGAAAGUGUCAGAACUGCAUUCACUGAAGGCUGGUGAAGCCUUCUUAGCCAAGAGCAAUACAGCUGAGUCAGGUCCAAACUUACCCCAGCCUUUUCUAGACCUGAACUCAAAGAGCAGGACCGGUCUCAUAAACAACAGUUGGUCUAUACAGGCAAAUCAAAUCUGUACCUUGUCACAUGGUUCUUCCCAGUUCCUCUGUGAACCAAGCACUCCACUUCUGAGCAGCCUGCCCUUUCAAAGUGCCUGUACGCAUUAGAAGUCCUGAAGUUGACAGGCUGCAGCAGAGCCUUUCCUCAGCAGCGAAAACCUCUGGAUGUCUCUUCUGCUCCGUGCUGACCCUUGCUGGAGGUGGUCUCCAUGUGGCAGUGACCAGAAAGAUCAAUGCUCUCAUCACCCUUGUGACCAUGGCUCUCGGACUGGCAUCUGCUCGUUCAACUCCUGUUCUCCUUACUCAACUACCUCAGUCUCACAGUUCAGCUCAGGCACAGCACCUGCUUCCUAACCCUUCACCGCCCUCGUCUUUGAAACAAAGCAAACUCUUCAGUUCAAGAGCCGAAACUGCCUUCUGGAUUGUCUUCCCUUUCCUAGUGUGAGCAUGAGCGCUCCAGAUCGGCCCCUGUAUGACGAGCCAGGGCCUAGGCUGUGCACUGACCACCUUGGGCAAAUUACUAGUCACCCCAGGAACAGCAGCUUUGGAGCAGACUUAAGACCUUGGAGAAUAAGAGAAUAGCCUGGAGGCUGCCACAGAGCUGAGGACCAGAACGGACGUCUCUGCUCCUGCCCCUCUCUGGGGCAGGUGACAACUCUACUGGGUGCACUUAUCGCCCUGGAGAGGAAGUUUAAUUUGUACUUAAAACACAUUUUGUACAUUUCCCCUUUACCCAGAGACCUGUAGUUCACACCCUCCCUUCUGCAGUGCUACCUCUCGCCUGCUCUCCUCGGCUCACUUCUGACAUCCCUGCCCUGUAAUUUGGAAGAGCUCUACUUUUGCUAACUUCAAACUUUUUUCUUUCUUUCUUUUUUAAAAUAAAACACAAAAGUCGGUCAUAGUGUCUUAUCCAUGAAAACUGGUGAUCUGCCUUGCCUGCUCUUGCCAUCACGGCAUACAGGGUCUGCUCCACACUGGAUGGGGCUGCUCUGCCCAGAAAACAAGUCAACCUGGGAGUCAGACCCACCCCACACUCACUCUGCUUCAGGAGAGAAACACGAGUCUUCUUGAGUCUCUAUCAAAUGUGGUUUUAUUCAAUGACAAGCACUUUUCUACAGCCGCACCUGUGGAACAUCACAUGGCAAAAACGAGGUUUUUUUUUUCUCUACACUUUUUUCUUUUUUAAACCUUAUUAAAAAUGAGAUUGGUCCUAAAAAUAUAGAAAGAAAUAAAUUUAAAUUCACAAAAAACUGUACAUUAUCAAAAAGUCACUAAAACACCACAUUUGGUUAUAUAAAAAGUCAGUCCCUUUUGUUGUAAAAGGAACAUGGAAACUUGUUGGUGUUGACGGUUUCUUGCUGUUACCAGAUAGGGGAGGGGACACAAAGGGCAGGGGUGGGUUGUUUUAUUUUUAACCUGCUUUCCCUACCAAAUACUCUGUCAAUAGAGAAGAUCCACCUAGCUCUAGGGGCAGUGAAGACGAGGAAAGGAAAGUGAGGAAUGGCCCCUUUGAUCAUGCCCUACCCCACUUCUUCAGAUCAAGUCUAGGACCUCCACCCCGCCUUACGAGUGCCUGGUCCCUAGGAAAGAGCUGGAACUGGAGAGGAGCACAGAGCGGACAACCAAGGCCACACUCUCUUCCACCUCCAACAAUGAAUGACUCCAGUACAUUUUAUGCCAAAGGAAACUUGCUAUGGGGGGAGUUAUCCCCAAUUAUAACAAUUCCAAACAUCUGACUGACACAAAGUUUGUUACGGCGCAGUUAUUUAGAUAAAAUAUAAAUAUUUAUGCAUAAUAUAAAGUCAAUUCAAAUA